GUUCGGGAAAGUUUUCGGUUGAUUCAAUGGAGGAUUUGUCUUCUAACUCCCUCUCCGAUUUCUCUGAUGACUGGGUGAUGGACCAGCCGGCGGAGAAGGAGACGGCUGUUGACCAGAGCCUCCCCGAAGUUGUGACAUUCCCGGCCGGUGACAUUGCCGGUCCUGCGGUUGUUGUCGCAGAAGAGGUGUUUGGAGAUGGAGAUAAGGCGGCCGAGGAGGUUGGCGAAGGAGAGUUGGAAGAAGUGGUGGUGGUUGAGGAAGCGGUUCCGAAGAGGAGGAGGAGGAGGAGAACGGGGAAGAGGAAGGCGGUCGAGAAGUCGGAGGUUCCGACUUCGCCGGCGGAGGUGUUGCAGAGACGGAGUAGAGGGCGGCAGAGACGUGCCGGCAGAGCGGAGGUUUCUCCUCCUUUUGGCACUGUAAAAGGAAGACUCAAUGCUUAUAUAUUGACUGUAAAUAUAGGAGAGGAUGUCGUCAACCAGAUAUUAUCAUUUUCCAAAUUUGGUCCUCAAGCAAUCUGUACUAUUCUCUCUGCCACUGGCAUUGUAUCCAGUGUUACUAUUAGCCAACCUAGUCAUCCUGGCGAACUUGAAAGUUUUGAGGGACGCUUUGAGAUCAUAUCUUUAUCCGGCUCAUUUACAGCUGGUGAAAUUAUUGGUGGGCCUGAAGAUGGUGGCAUGUUAAACAUUCUCCUGGGGAAUUCUGAUGGGGGAGUUUUUGGUGGUGGACUUGCAGGCUCGUUGAUAGCAGCUAGUCCAAUUCAACUUGUGUGUGGGGGCUUAGAGAAGAAACAGACACAUCGAGGACCUAAAAGGAGGCGUGGUGCCAAAUCUUCAGUGGCUGCUAGUAUGCCUGGUAAUUUGAAGGCAGAAAGAGUCCUUAAGCCAAUGCUGAACCGGCAGAUGGGGACAAGAGCUCAAUGACCCUGGCAUCUGCUGUCUCUGAACUGACCAAUGGAGCAGGUGAUGCUACUUUUGUUGGCCAGAGUAUGAUCCUCACUUGUCUUGACAGUGUUGAUGAGAAUACCUCACAGUCCAUUUUAGACCAAAGGACAUCUACCAAUAAUUGAAAAGGAAUAGGGCAUGGGAACCGAUAUCAGCACCAGUAUCCCUUCUUUAUCAGAGUAUCUAUCUCCCUCCCCUCAGUUUUUUAUGGGGAAUAAAGUGACCUUUUUUCUGCCUUCUAUGGGAUGGCUGGAGCAGCUAAAUCAUGGCUGAUUGUGCAAGACCUUUAGCUGCAACUUUUGAACUUUGGAAGCUAUCAUUGUUGUUAGUGUGUUUGUUUUGUUUAGAUAAAAACCCUGCACUUAAAGGUCAUAACUUAUAAAAUUCGUUUUUGGGGAAUUGCUGCCCGAAAUUGCAAGGUUUUGGUAUGUUGGUGCUGCAGGUGAAUUCUUCAGUAUGGAACUUAUGACCAUCUGUAUCAUAUUCAUGGCAUAUGGAAAGAUGUCAAGGGCAAUGCACCAUCAUAUUAUGUUUUGAAA